AUGACUAAACGCAAGUCAAAGUCCUCUCGUCGCGGCAAAGCUGAAGUGGCUUCUGUUGCUCCUGCCAUUCCUGCUUCUAAGACCACUUUGGGUGAAAUAUCUUCGGACAAAGAUCUUCGGGACUUUCACCAUCAGCUUCAAAUCCGUAACAUGGAGCUUCAUCCUGGAAACUGGCUUGUUGAGGCCUUCCCCACUGCCAUCCGUCCACUACUCGAAGGUGGUGCUCCUGAAUUAGUAAAGGUCGUCUACAAGAACAAGGGACAGCUUUACCUACUCAUGAAGAAACUCAUCGAUGAGGUAAAGGAUGGAGCUACUAAGCUGCACGUGGUUAUGUUGAAACCAGUUCCUUUGGACGUAAUCCAGAAUGAUAUUGUCUGGGAUUACAAUGUUGCUCCUCACUGUCGUUUCACAUACCUUGAUGUGCAACAGACCCUCGUGCUCAACAUCGCCACCGAGACACGCAUGAUGGAGACCUUGCCUGAGAGUGAGCUCAUUUUUGACGACACUGAUAUGGGUGUUCAGGGUCAUGCAUUGGGACGUUUCAAGUACGGUCUCAAGAAGCAGUUGUCUGGAAUGGGCAUCAUUGACAACCGUUGGGAGUUUGCCUGCAGCAAAUCUCGCCAGAGCCAUGGUCUCACCACUGACCCCAAUGAUCCCGCCCAGGACAAGGCCAUUCACAGCGUCGAUCGUAUGUUCGUUCCUGGUAUCAUCCGUCACCCCAAGUAUGACGCAAAUAAUGAGCCAUGGCCAACCAUGGUCGUCGAAUGUGGUCCCGAAUACGCCAACGUUGCUGCUCGCUGGUACCUAAAUUACUGUGUCGACUGGUGGUUCACUCAGAGCACAGGAUUCACCAAAAUCGUCUUGCUCAUGUACUUCGACUACGACCGCUACGAAACCAUCGUCGAGAAAUGGGUUUGCGCACCAGAAGCUCCUUACACCAAGUCACUCGCCCAAACCAUUAACAUCAACCUCCAGCGCAACAAGGAUGGUAAAGCAAUUGUCGUCGUCAACGGCGAAGAUCUCAUUAUCAACUUUGAGUCUCUCAUGGCCCGUCCCAAGCGUGAGGGUGAGUCCGAUAUUGUGUUCGAUAAGGCUCUGAUGAAUGGCUUUGGGAAUGGCUACCUUGUCCCUUGGCCCAAUCUCGGCACCGAGCGCCGUAAGAACGUCAAGAGUUCGGGAAUUGACGUAAACACAGCUCGGAAGCUCCUCAACUACCCCCUCGAAACGUUGAAGGAUCAACUUGGCCCUGCCUUGACAGAGGCCCUCAAGGCGGCUGAGAAGGCCGCCAAAGCCGCAGGCGCCGAUGCCGACGUGCAAAAAUCAAAAAUGAAACUCACCUUGACUCGCAACAAGGUGAAGAAGGAGGGUGAGGAGGAGAAGGAGUCGGUGUUUGGAGAGGACCGGAUUCCGGUGGACAUCUCCAUCCCAGAGGCCCUCGCCAUCAUGGCCGAGAAGGAUGAUGGCGAGGAGGAUGGCAAGGAGGAGAAGUGA